AUGGCCACGUCGUCGGCGGAAGACCCACAAGAAGACGAGAGUGACCGCAAUGGCUGCAGCGCCGGCGACGGCCAUGACGACAUGUGGGACGACUUCUGCAAGAACUUUGUGGCGUCGUCUUGUUCGUCGUCGACGUACAAGAAAUGUUCUUGGCGGAGGCCUUUGCCCACCAUCAAAGUUCCAAGUGGCGAAGAGGAGAUCACAGACGCGGGCACGUCACGCGGAGCGAAUGCCGACUCCGAUGUCGUUUGGCUUGACAUUCUUCGGCGAACAGCCGACCUGGGGAUGAUUUCCUACGACGCCACUCCGACGUGCGAUGUACACGACAGCAGCGCAUCGGAGUCGUGUUCGGGCUCUGAGGACGAGCAGGCGGCCAUGUCCGAGGACGAAGACGGCGCCUUUGACGAGACGGGGCGGAUCGGCAACACCGACUGGUGCCAGUGCGGAUGUUACGCGCAGAUGCCGACAGCUGACGAGUGCGUCUGCUGCCGCGAGUACCCCGCCGCCGCGUCGAGGCAACCUGGCUGCCUAACAAGCAACCCGAAUUUCGAGACGGUGUGCUUGAAUCCGGGGGUGCUCGAGGUCGCCUACCUCAUGAUGCGCCACUACCGCCAGGGCGGAAUGGGCACAACAGCGCACGAGUGA